AGUCUAUGGUCUCUGUAGGUCACCUGAGUGCGAUGUCUAAGGAGAAAGUGGAGAUUCCAGCCCCACCAUCAUCAAAAUGCAUCCUUUAUUGGAAAAGGAAGGUCAAGUCAGAAUACAUGCGCCUUAGGCAGCUCAAGAGGCUUCAAGCAAACAUGGGAGCCAAGGCUUUGUUUGCACAUAACUACACAAAGGUUCAAGAAAAGAUAAACGUCUUGAAUGAUGACUGGAAAAAGCUUAGAGUUCAACCUAUUCAGUCAAUGAAGCUGGUUGGGGGGCACCCUUUUCUCAAGCAGUGCACAGUUGAGAGCAUUUUCCCCAGUUUGAGCACCCAGACCUUGUUCAUGCGGACUCUGAACACCGUAGCCCUGGUGCCCAUCAUGUACUCCUGGUCUCCACUCCAGCAGAAUUUCAUGGUGGAGGAUGAAACUGUUUUGUGCAACAUCCCCUAUAUGGGGGAUGAGGUGAAAGAGGAGGACGAAACCUUCAUCGAGGAGCUUAUUAACAACUAUGAUGGCAAAGUCCAUGGAGAAGAAGAGAUGCUCUCUAGUUCCAUCCUGAUCAGUGAUGCUGUGUUCCUGGAGUUGGUAGAUGCACUGAAUCAGUACUCAGAAGAGGAAGAGGAAGGGCACGAUGCUUCUGAAGGCAAACAGGAAGUUGGGAAGGAUGAGUUGCCUGUCACCCGGAAGAGGAAGCGGCUUUCUGUGGAAAGCAACAAGAAAUGUUCCAAGAAGCACUUCCCGAAUGACAUGAUCUUUACCGCUCUUUCGUCAAUGUUCCCUGAGAAUGGCUUUCCAGAGGAUAUGAAAGAGAGAUACAGAGAACUGACAGAAGAAUCUGACCCGAACGUCCUCCCUCCCCAGUGCACGCCAAACAUCGACGGGCCUUCUGCCAAAUCGGUCCAGCGUGAGCAGGCCCUGCACUCCUUCCACACUCUCUUUUGCAGGCGCUGCUUCAAGUAUGACUGUUUCCUCCAUCCUUUCCACGCAACUCCCAAUGUUUAUAAACGGAAGAACCGAGAGACCAAGAUCGAGAUGGAGCCGUGCGGGCUGGACUGCUUCUUGUGGUUGGAGGGAGCCAAGGAGUAUGCCGUCCUGCACAACCCACGCUCAAAGUGCUCCGGCCGGCGUCGACGCAGGCACCCUACGCUCAAUACCUCCGCUGCCGCCGCCUCGAACACUUCAGCCUCCACGAGCAACGACGCAAAAGAAGGCGAUAGCGACAGAGACACCGGCAAUGACUGGGCCUCCAGUUCCUCUGAGGCAAACUCACGUUGCCAGACCCCAACCAAGCCGAAGCUGAGCCCUGCCUCUUCGCAGCCCUUCAUGUCCGACAUGCCCCUGGAGCCAGUUGAGUGGACAGGGGCUGAGGAGUCCCUCUUUCGCGUCUUCCAUGGAACUUACUUCAACAACUUCUGCUCAAUUUCCCGUCUCUUGGGAACCAAGACAUGCAAGCAGGUCUUUCAGUUUGCAGUAAAGGAGUCCUUGAUCAUGAAGCUGCCAGUGAAUGAGCUCUUGAAUCCCUCCCAGAAGAAGAAGAGGAAGCACAGGCUCUGGGCUGCUCACUGUAGGAAGAUCCAGCUUAAAAAAGACAACUCAUCUACUCAGGUGUACAACUACCAGCCCUGUGACCACCCGGACCAUCCCUGUGACAGCUCCUGUCCUUGCAUCAUGACCCAGAAUUUCUGCGAGAAGUUCUGCCAGUGCAACCCUGAUUGCCAGAACCGAUUCCCGGGCUGCCGUUGUAAAACACAGUGCAACACCAAGCAGUGCCCCUGCUACCUGGCUGUGCGAGAGUGUGACCCGGACCUCUGCCUGACCUGUGGAGCCUCGGAGCACUGGGACGCCAAGGUGGUCUCAUGCAAGAACUGCAGCAUCCAGCGGGGUCUCAAGAAGCACCUGCUGUUGGCCCCAUCAGACGUUGCCGGGUGGGGAACCUUCAUCAAGGAGGCCGUGCAGAAGAACGAGUUUAUCUCUGAGUACUGUGGGGAGCUCAUCUCUCAAGAUGAGGCUGACCGACGUGGGAAGGUCUACGACAAAUACAUGUCCAGCUUCCUCUUCAACCUCAAUAAUGAUUUCGUUGUUGACGCCACCCGCAAGGGCAACAAGAUCCGCUUUGCAAACCAUUCUGUCAAUCCCAACUGUUAUGCCAAAGUGGUGAUGGUGAACGGAGAUCACCGCAUUGGGAUCUUUGCCAAGAGAGCAAUCCAGGCAGGUGAAGAGCUCUUUUUCGAUUACAGGUACAGCCAAGCCGAUGCACUCAAAUACGUUGGCAUAGAAAGAGAGACCGACAUAAUCUAGCACGCUGCUCCCAGCCGACCUCCGCGCACCUUAUCCAUGCCGCUUCUCUCAUUGCUGUGUGUGACGCCAGAGCUUCAUCCCCCCUGGAUCCCUCUUCAGAGAAGGGAAGGGAGAAGGCUGCUCUCUUUUGGCAGCACAGAGACUUUGGCUCCAAGGCCUCCAAAUGGGCGGCCCCUUGGGGAACUCUGCUCAAUUGAUCUUGAGGGGAGAAUGAAGAGGAACCGAAAAGGCAGAACCCCUCCCCUCCCCCCACCCCUUCAGCCCACCCUGUGGAGGAUCCGCUUGGGAGCAGGGGCGCGCUGGAGCGUGCAGCCUCUCCUGGUCCUUCUUAAAGGCUUGGCCUGAGCUGGAGGAGUGACUCCUUUCCUCCAACUGCCCCACCUUCUCCACGGGCAAGAGCAGGGAGAGCCCCAGCCCAAACAAAGCCCACCUGCAGGGAAGGAUGGUCGUAAACCGCUCCGCGGAGGCUCUUUGGGGAAAGGGAUUCGUAGGCUGCGAAACAACGGCGGUGGGAAGGAAAGGAGCUUGGAGAUGGGUGGGGCGCAGAAGGAAGGGGAGGGUGACUCGUGAGGGGUAAAGGGAAUAAGGGUGUUGCCCUCCAGAAGGAGUUGGACUGCAAUUCCCAUCAUCCCUCACCACUGGCUGUGCUGUCUAGGGCUGAUGGGAGUUGCAACCAGCAUCUGGAAAGCCACGUUCCCCAACCCUGGGAUAGAGGGUUGAACAUGGAGGAGCAGAAGAUGGCGGAGCGACACUGGUGAAGCAGCACGGGAGGCGAGGCACAAAGCCCGUUUGCUCUGCGUUGUCCUCCAUGAGGGCGUUUAGCCCAGGGUGAAAUGCUAUCUGGUGCUCUCCAGAUGUCUUGAGCUACAGCCCUGAGAGCCUUGGCCAGCGUGGCCACUUGCCAUGCUGGCUGGGAGGGCCCCGGGUGUGGGAAGGCAGCAGUAGAUCGUGAUUGUCCCCUCGAUGCGCACCCUCGCAAAACAAGGUAGGGGGUGGCAGGCGAGGAGGAGCUGGGGGUUCUCACCACCUUCCCCAGGGUGUGAGGCUGGAGUAAAGUCUUCCACCGCAGCAAUAAAGCCUCCACCUGGACCGGUGGUGGGGCUGCUGCUGUGUUGCCCACAGUGUCUUGGUUGCUGCUCUUGAGAAAUUUCUUUUCCUGAUGGAAACGAUUUGGUCUUGCAGAAUUCAUGUCCUCCUUCAGUCAGAGCCCUUUUGGUAAAGUUCCCCUCACUUCUGCAGCAAGGAAGUUAUUUUAUUUGUCCUCUCUCUCUCUCUUGACCCUCCUCUAGUGGGAUAUUGAGCGCCUUAGUACUUCCCGAAACUAAUUGACACUCCUCAGUUGCUGAGGACAGACUCAAAUCUUUUUUUUAGCUCUUCCCUUUGAACGUCCUUUAACAGCACUUUUGAAGCUGUGAAAAGCUUCCUGCGUGCUCACAUGGAGGGGAGAUAGUUGGAUGUUUGUGUCCCAGUUAGACAGAAACCUUAAGGGCUGCUCAUGCCUUGCCUUGCCCCCCCCCCCCCCCCCCCGAUCAGGAUUCAUGUACAAAACAGACAAGUAGUUUGCACUUUAUAAUAAUUCACUCCAUCAAGGCCAGGGAGCUGUAGGAAGUGAAAAGCUGACUCCACUUCCAGUCCAUUGUGUGGAUUACUCCAGGGGCUGGAAACCGGUGUCCUUGUAAGAUUGUCGAGGGGCUGGAAACCGGUGUCCUUGCAAGAUCAAACCAGUAAUUAAACACUGGCUCAUUGCACUGUUGAGGGUAUUUGCAAUGCCAGCAGUGGACCAGAUCUUGUAUCAAAGCAAAUAAAUCUCUCUCUCUCUGCGCCAUUUGGUCCAGCAUCUGCUGCAUCAGUUUUGGAGAACGGGAGAAGAAAAACAGAAGUCAUGCUUUAUGGGACUGGGUUUAGUGUAACUAGUAUGCAAAGCUUUUGAAUUACAUGGAUUUGUAGUUGAGAUAUCAGGGAGUGGAAUCUUACUAUUGGCUACACAGAAAGAAACUUUUGGCCUACUUGGAAUAAUUUCCAGUCCCUUCAGAUCGAAGUAGUCACGUAAUUGAAAACCUUCUACGUUGAGGUGGCUACUUUGAUCUGGUGACUGAAAAUUAUUCCAAGUAGGCCAAAUGUAGCAGCAUUUCACUUCUCUAUAAAACACGCUGUUAUCGGCUGAAUCUUCUCCACUGUCCCUAGACCUAAUGUGAGUCUGGAUUAUGUGAAGUAAUAUUAGAUGGUGGUUCUGAGCAUGUGCAGAGUGCCUUUGCUACUGUGUAAUUACAACCUCGCCACCAUGUAGGAUCAAGGGAAAGCGGUUCUGGGUAUGAGAACAAAAUUGCUGGGGAACCUGGAGUGCCUCAGUCUCUUGUAGAAACUGAUCACAGGAAAGACCUGAAGCAGCAGGAGCUUUUCCCUGCGGCUGAAUACUUGUGAUGGAAGAAAGCGGGACACCUGUUAAAUGUAGCAGCUCAUUCACUCACUACAUCCAGUCGCAGUGAAGCAUACAUACGUAUUUUCACACUAGUAUUAAUUUUGGUGUAAUUACUAGUUUGAAGUCCACCACCUUUACUACAAACCACUAAUUAGGAUCUCGAACUUGCAGCCCUCCUCCUCUUACCCUAGCUACUAGAUGGCACCCCAGACUAGCAGCCAGAUUAGGGUCAGGUUGUGACAGCCUGCUCCCUCAAGACACGUGUAGAGCAAGGGUGAGCAGAAAGCAGGUCCAGGGGUGUUUUGGAUUUCAACUCCCAGCGUUCCUGAUCAUUGGUCAUACUUGUUGGGGCUCCUGGGUGUUGGAAGUCCCAAACACCUGGAGAUCUACCUUCCACCCACCCCGAUCUAGGACUGAUGCAUGUGCCGGAAAUUUAAGUUACGUAAGAGAAGAACACGCACGCACCCCACUAAGGCGGCAUAGGGGGCACUUUAAUUUCAAGAUGGAGUGAACUGUUCCACAUGCUCCAAGUCCUGAGGGAUGCAAUCAAAUACGUUAAUGGCCUCCCCUUCUGCAGCAUUGUUUCUACUUAACAUUAUUCUUCAGGGAAGGUAAAGUUGAGACAAAAGAGAGAAGCAAGGCCCCCAAUUUUUAGCUAUAGGGGUCAUAGCAAAACAAUACGACUGAGUGGGCUUGAGGAUUAGUGGUAGCUAACCUGGUCCAUCAGCUACAUCUGAGAUGAAGGGGAAUAGGGGUUUGGGGGCAGACCUGAAACCUGCCUCAAGGCUGCACAGUUCUGACCAGAGUAGUAAUGGAGAGUAGGGUGGGCAGAUGGGCUAUUACAUACUUUGUCCAGUGGGUUGAAGUACCAAACGGUGUUUGAUGAAGCCACUGUUGCUCAGCACCAGCUAUUGGCCUUUCACUACCAGUCACUGACUUAAAGUGAUGCAUGCCUGUUUUGUCAGGGAGUAGUAGGCCUACCGUGGUGGGUAUUCCGUUUGUCUACAUUUGCAAAAGUACCUUGACCUGCAGAGGCGUUGUUCUUGCAGCUCAUGGGUGUUUAGACCUCAUAUCCAUAAUGCACUAUAGUUCCUCUUGUACUACAAGCCCGUAUUGCUUGACACUUUUGAGGCACAGCACAGAGACCAGGGGUGUAUUUGCAGUUCUGACAGAGGGAUGCAAUCCCCUUCCCACACUUUUAGAAAGUAGCAGUCGUAUACAGGCAGUAAGAAUUUCUAUGCUUUGCCCACCGCAUCACGGAACUGCUCUUAGGGACGGAAAAGGGGGGGGGGGUCCCUCCAGGCCUCUUGCUGUCCGCCCUCGCCCUCCUCUGGCCGCUUGUGGCUCUGCUUUGCUGCUGGCAACUUAUGUGCACUUUAUAUUAUGGCUUGUAAACGUUUGUCUUAAUAAAGGUGUAGUGACCACUGAA